AUGAAGCUAGAGCGAGGUCAAACUGAGGAAGACCAGGAAGCGACAGAACUAGAGAUCCAUGCGACUGAGCCCCAAAGAGAUUACAUCGUCUCUUCGGAACCAAUGAAGACAAGUACCCAAGAAGAAGCAGCCUUCAGGAGUGAGGACGAGUUCGAUCCAAGUGAUCUGCAGAAUGCUGAUGAUGGUUUACUUAACGAUGGAUCUAGAUCGGAGAAGCCUAAAAUCGCAUCGGUACCAGCAAGCAGCUCGCACCUAUCUGAGGUUGCUAGAGGGAAGAUGAAAGCGGUACGGCGGCCGUUGAAUGACAACUACCUUGCACAGAUCAAAUCUACCCAUCUUAAGGGUGCCAAAUGGUACACAAUUACCCCGUCUCCGCCAACUGGAUUCUCAGUGUUUUACCUGAUGCAAACAAAGCAAAAGGAGAGGGAAAAGAUCAAGACUCGUGUGCCAUUAGCCGUUACUGCUAAGGAUGUGAUCGAGGCGUUUUGCAAUGGCGACACAGCAUAUCAACAUCGUGCGAAUGGAUUGUAUGGGUCGAAGUCGAAGAAUACGGGAAAGAAGAAUUCGACAUCAGCAGGCAAUAAGAAGCCAUCAUCGAAGCCUGAUGGUGAUGAUAAGGAGGAUACAUCUCCUGCUGCUCUUCCUCGUCGAACUACGAGGCGGAGGAAGAGUUCCGUACGUUCCCGGCAGCUUGCGGGCAAGGAGCAGGAUGAGAGUGAGGAGAUAGAGUCAGAGGAAGAUAAUUCUAAUGCCAAUUCUAAUUAUUGA